AUGAUGCUCUGCAGUUCUUGGGUUUCAGUCUGUUGGUUGUUGUGGUCAAGUGUGUAUCAAGUCGCACAUGGAUACACGUGUCCAAACUACUGCUCCAGUCGUGGUUUGUGUCUAGCACAGGGCUUGUGCUCGUGUCCGAACGGGUGGUCCGGCCCAGACUGCUCCAUAGCUAGUUGUCCAUUGGGCGCAACGUGGUCCGAUCAGGUCAUUGCAACUGACAAAGGACACAAUUUAGCGCCUUGUUCGAAUCGUGGAGAGUGCGAACUCGACACUGGCACAUGCAAAUGCGACUCCGGGUUUACAGGAGCUGCUUGCGAGCGAAUGACCUGCAGUUGUAAUGGCCACGGAAGCUGUAAAUCCAUGGCCAAGUAUGCGCUGAUGAAAGAUCCUGGUCGCGGAACGAUUUAUCCGUACGAGAGCAACUGGGACGCACACAAGAUCUAUGGAUGUGUAUGCGAUCCUGGCUACACAGGUCCAAACUGCAGGGAGAGGCUAUGUCCUGUAGGUGAUGACCCGCUCACUGGAACGCUGAUAGACCCGAACGGUAUUCAAAGGAAUGAAAAACAACGCGUUAACUGCAAGGCCACGUCUGGUAGCUUUACGCUCACGUUCGCUGGGUACACAACCGACCCGAUUCUUGCGGAUGAUUCGGCCAAGACCGUGCGGGACAAGUUAGUGGCUUUGCCAUCCGUGGCUGCAGCGACUGUCACCUUUGGUGGGAUCACACUUACAGCCUGUACAGCAAUCGGAAACGACAUCAGCAUCGAGUUCACGCAAGAUUUCGGAGACUUGCCGAAUAUGAGCGGUAAUUCGGCAGGACUUGGGCACUCGACGCCUUCCACGUUACCUACACUCUCGUUCUCCACAGUAACUCAAGGCACCAAGGAGAAUCUACCGUGUUCAAGGCGAGGCAUGUGCGAUUCCGCCAAUGGUGUGUGCAUGUGCUACCCGAAUUACUUCUCAAGUGACGGCAACGGAGCCAUCGGCCAGCGUGGCGACUGUGGAUACGUUAGUGGUACCGUCACGGCUUGUCCAGGAGAGAUCGCUUGUAGUGGCAAAGGCACCUGUCGUGGACCACCGACGUACGACUGCAUCUGUAACGAAGGCUUCACGGGCGGUGAUUGCACCGAACGACUGUGCCCCAAAGGCCGAGCUUGGUUUGAUCGACCCACAGAUGCUGCUGAUACAGCUCACGCUUUGGUGGAAUGUUCGAAUGCUGGAGAAUGUGACAGAGCCAAGGGAGAAUGCCUCUGUUUAGCAGGUUUUACGGGAGCUGCGUGCAACCGAAUGGUGUGUCCGAAUGAGUGUAGUGGCCACGGAACGUGCUACACGAUGGAGCAGUUGGCCAAGAGAGCGACAGUUAAUGGAGACACCAUGGCAUUUACGUAUGGUGCUGUUCCUAAUAAGAAGGAAACUUGGGAGUACGAUAUGGUACAAGGAUGUCUGUGCAGUCCAGGCUGGGAGGGUCAUGACUGCUCGUUGAGGUCUUGUCCGACUGGAGACGACCCAAUGACACUGCGUCAACAGAAUGAGGUGCAAUUAUUGGUCUGCAAGGGCAAUUCAGGCUUCUUCUCUCUCAAAUUCCGAGAUGCAGUGACGCCUCAGCUCCCGUUUAGCGUUCCUGCUGCGUCACUAGCAAGUGCGUUAGAAGCAUUGAUGACAGUCGGAAAAGUGUCGAUAACUUACAGCACAGACACCAAUGGAGUCAUCGGCUCACCGGCGUGUAAUGCUGCGGGAUCGAACACAAUGCGCAUCGAGUUUUUGACGAAUUUUGGGGAUUUACCACCGCUGCGAUGGAUUCUGGAUGGAGCGUUGACACUGACGCUAAGUGUCGAUGGAGUCGGGGGCUCAGUGCGCGGCACGAAAGAAGACGCGGUCUGUUCGAAUCGCGGAAUCUGCAACCAUCUCACGGGCGUGUGUCGUUGCACGUACGGAUUCACUAGCAGCGAUGGAUUUGGAGGCGAAGGGGAUCGUGGCGAUUGCGGCUAUAUGGAGCCGAUUUAUCUUACAUCUGCAGCUCAGCAGGCUAACGCCCUCUAA